GCCGCCGUCGCCGCAGUCAGCGCCCGGAGCCGCCGCAGCGCUGAGGGUUCGUUGUUCUCCGGGUUUGCGCUGCUGCUUUCGCCGCCGCUGUGUGAAUAGACGCUGGAUGUUUGCAGGGAGCUGGAUGGUGUGAGCAGAAGAGCUGUGGGGCUCUCUGAGGAGCCCCAGAGCUACCGGUAAGACAGCAUCAUGCUGGCUCCGAAGAAAGGCCUGCUGUGCAACCUCAAUCACAUCCACCUGCAGCACAUCUCCUUGGGGCUACAUCUCUCCCGGCACCCAGAGCUCCAAGAGACCUCUGACUCCAUGAGUCAGGGGGAGCAGAAAUGCUGCAGCGGCUGUCAGGAGAACUGUGAGCAAGUGGAUGCCAAUUCCAACAAUCCCUCCUUGAAAUGCCAGUGCUGCGAGUCUCACGCUGAGCUGCCUGUGACGCUGGCUCUCCAGAACCAGGCAGCUCAAGAAGAUUUCUCCUGCCUGCAUGCUGGGGAGGAGGUGGCUUCCCCUUGCAAUCUGGCUUCCACCUCCUCCUCUGUCAGUAGUUGUUCGGAUUUCAGCUUGGAUGACUCCCCGGUCUCCGUGUACUGCAGGGGGUUCUCAGGAGAAGGGUCCCAAUCCCCUGAAAAUCAGCCCAAUGUCAUUCCCAUAGAAGAUGUGGGGGACGGCCUGCUGCUGGCGAACCAGGGCAGGACGUGGGAUGGAACAGAUGGCAACCUCAACCCAGCAGUGCUCCAGAAAGCAGACAUCCCAGCUGGAGAGAGCCCAGACAGCCUCUGCAGCAGCAGCUCGCUCAACUCCCGGUACGACGAGCCCUCUCUCAGCACGGUGACACAGGAGACCACAAGCACCUGCGUUGACCUGGACCCCAACUGCAACCCCCUUCCUGACCCAGUCGCCGCACCUCCAGCGUUGGCUGCGCCAGGCCAGCAGGAUCACAGUCCGAGCAGUGCUCCUGAGCCCCGGACCUGGGUUAAGAGCAUCCCCCCUCCCAUACCUCCCCGUCCCCGGAGACAGCUGCAGAUUCUCAACGGGCACAGAGCAGAGGAGCCGGUGCUGCUAGUGAGGCCAGCUGAGCCAGAGCCUGCCUUGGGUGACCUUGGCAGAGAUGGGGGCAAGAAGAACAUCACCUCCUUCCACGAGCUUGCCCAGAAGAGGAAGAGGAACACCACUGGGACCACGCUCGCCCAGGCCAGGGGUGACCGAAGUGACUGGCUGAUUAUUUUCUCACCGGACACCGAGCUGCCCCCCCCCAGCGAGCUCCUCUCCAGCACCGCAGGCCAGGAGCCGCCCCAGCCCCAGCUCCAGCAGGAGUGGCGGGCGAGACCUCCCGGUUCGAGGCAGAGAGAGGUGACCACUUUCAAGGAGCUCCGGUACCGCAGUGCCUCCAACAAGCCCAAGGGCCAGCCAGACAGCGAGCGGGUGGAGCCGGUGGCAUCUCAGCACCCGUCUGCACUCCUCAAAAUGCCUGCAGGCAGUUGUGGCUUGAGCUGGAUGCCACCUGUGCCGUCAGGCGGACAGUUGCUGGCGUCUACAGAAAGCCACCAGACAAAGAGGAGGAGAUCUCGACCGGGACUGCAGCCCAUCGCAGAGGGACAGCUGGGGGAUGCUGAGGAAGGCAAGCUGCUGCCACAGAUCUGCAUGCCAGAAGAGAAGGGGCCAGGCUCUGGCUGCAACGGAGAUGCGCUGAUUUGGAGGCUUGGGGGGCCUGGUGGAGACCCCUUGGUGCCAGGGGAGGUUGAGCGAGGAGAUGAGACCUGCAAGGAGGCCAGGCCCUCGCCGCCCGCCGCGGGAGCCACGGGCGCGGCGCAGCCCCACGGGGGGAGCUCGGAGAAAAGCCGCGGGGCCCUGGCGGAGCAGAAGAAAGCCCUGUUGAUCGCUGUCAGCACCGCCGUGGAUAAGAUUAUCGCCCACUUCAGCACCGCGCGGAACCUGGUGCAGAAGGCGCAGCUGGGAGACAGUUGGCUCAGCCCAGAUGUGGGCUACCUGCUGCUGCACACGCUCUGCCCCGCACUCUAUGGCUUGGUGGAGGAUGGGCUGAAACCAUUCCAGAAGGAUGUUAUCACAGGCCAGAGGAGGAAUUCCCCCUGGAGCUUGGUGGAAGCCUCCGUGAAGACAGGGCCCAAUACCCGCUCUCUCCAAAACCUCUGCUGGCAUGUGGCUGGACUGGCCCCUCUCAACAGCACCAGACAGAAGUUUCAUGCCUUUAUCCUUGGCCUUUUGAAUACUAAGCAGCUGGAGCUGUGGAUCUCUCACCUGCAGAAUAGCCCAGGUGUAAUAUCCAUGCUAUAUUUUCCCACGGCCUUCUUUGCCCUGAGCCGAGGCCCUCUUCCCCACCUCGCUGAUGAACUGCUGCUGCUCAUCCAGCCCCUCUCGGUGCUGACGUUCCACCUCGACCUGCUCUUUGAACACCAUCACCUCUCCGUGGAUGUAAGACCUUUGUCCCGUCAGCUGGAGUCGCCCCCAGCUCCUGCCCAUCACUCUGCUCAGGCUCGGGGGAUUGCACAGCCUCCUCUGGAGGGCCAAAGCAGCACCGCAGGGGCCAGCCUGGAAGAUGAGAUGCCCCCUGAUGCUCUGGGGAGGGCAGCUGGUGCGGAGGAAACCCCGAGGUCCCAGUCCCAAGCAGCUGUGUGCAGCCUGGUCCCCAGCCCCCAGGUGGGGGCUGCCCUGCAGCAGACCUUCCAGCACGUGCUGCGGUGGGGCGACCAGCUCAGUCGUGCUUUCCUGGGAACUGACAGCUCCCCAGAGACCGGUGGGCCCGAGGCAGGCCCUUGGGAUGCAGAGGCUGGCCCUGGUGGCUGGUGGGCCCAGCUGAGCCAGGCCUCCAGGAUUUAUGCUGCUCCUAGCAAGGAAAGGUUCCCCUUCGUCUGGUGGACAAAGACGGCUGCGGGGGAUUCCAGCCCUGGCCAGGUGGCGCGACCCCAAACACCUGCAAGCGAGCCUCGAGGCACGGAGCUGCAGUUCCUUCAGACCAAAGCUAUCCCUGAACUCUCCAGUCCCAACCCCAGCAGCAGUGCUGACACCUCUGGGACCUCUUCCCCUGAAGACCUCAUCCCACCCUCUGGAGCAGGCACACCCACCGAUCCAGCUGUUCCCACUGCUGGAGAGAAAACCCAGGCUGCUACUCCAGAGCCUCGUGCAGAUAGGAACCAGGCAGCCCCUUCCAGCCCACCGGCCAGCAGUGCUCCUCGCCCCGACAAGGGCACCUGGCUGGGCCGGCUCUUUGGAGCCAGCAGCCCCUCUGCCCGGAGUUCCCCGUGCAGUCCCAACACCGUCUCAUUUGAAACCCUGCUCCAAAACCACUUCUGGCUUGACAUUAGUCAAACCAUCAGUCAUAUCCUCGCUGCUUCUGUUAGUACUUUAACAACAGAUGAGCUUCUUACAAAACCUAGUGUUGAGAUCGCAUUGGUAUAA